GUUUUGACCAGAAGAGACGUUUCGGGUAUUUGUUGCAUAUUAGUACAAGAUUUGUUUCAAUUUUGUCAUGAAAGUCAACCAUUUUGCGUCCUUUGUUCGAACAUUGUGGUAAUUACGGAUGGUACGAGCGAACUUUCUAAAAUAUUGCAUUAUGUGAAUUGAUAUAAUCGUUACUUGUAACGAUGAAGAAUAAUCGCGAAAAAGAAAGUGGAAAAAUUCACGAAUAAAGUGGCAACCGUCAUGCUCGUUCUUAAAAAAAGUGGAUUACAAUCUGUUUCUCAUCAUCACCAUCACCAUGGACACGUUGAGUCGCUGUGCGCAAUUGAUAGUUGUUUAAGGCAGAGUUUGGGCGACUACAUAAGACAUCCCGUUCUGUAUGAACUGUCUCACAAAUAUGGCCUACCGACCGAUAACAUCUCGGAUUCGCAGCUCUCUGGUAAACUCGAGGAGCUGAAAGAGAUCAUCAGACGAGAGAUUCGGAAAGAACUGAAGAUAAAAGAAGGUGCUGAAAAAUUGCGAGGCGUUUCCACCGACCGAAGGUCUCUCAGCCACGUCGCCACAAUUGUAAAGAACUCAAACUGGAAACUUGCCGAAUUGAAAAAUGAACUUAGCGAAUUGGAAUCACAGAUUAUACUCUCUCAGGGACAGACCACGCCAUCUACACCGUCAUCCAACGGGGAUAGUAUACCACGAUCCUCCCUAGAAGGCCAUAACAAUGAAAAAGUCAACUUCAAUCAGUAUACGAAAAUAGAGAAUUUAGAAAGACAGUUAAAUAUCGAACUGAAAGUGAAACAAGGUGCGGAAAACAUGAUCCACAGCAUAACGGGGAAAGAUAAGAAACUUUUAUCCGAGGCUCAACAGAUGUUGCAAGAUUCUCGAAAAAAGAUAGAAUACCUUAAAAUGAAAAUAACGAAGUUGAAACAUGACAUUAAUUCUAAGCAUCGCGGAUCCAUGCACGACCUUACAUCAAACGGUGAAGUCAAUCACGGCGAUUUCGAGCCGCCCUUAGAAGAACGCAUCGACGACUUGAAACAUCGAUUGCGAGUCGAAGCUGCGGUGGUGGAAGGUGCCAAAAACGUAAUAAAACUGCUGCAGAACGGAAGUAAAGACAAGAGCGAUAAGAGGGCGCUCUCGGAGGCACAAGAAAGUUUAAGGGCUAGUAGCAUGAAAUUGGACUUGUUGAGGAAAUCUUUAGAACUCCGAAAAUCCGAACUGCCGUCUGAUUCGCCGAUAGCCCUUCAGCUCAAAGAGGAACUCGCCAAUGCUCAGACCUUCAGCCCUUUGUCCGUUCAUUACACCAGUCUGCAACCCUUCCGGGAACGUCCCAAUGGCAAUAAGAUCAUGACGUCGUCGUCGACGUUUAGUAGGUGCGCCGCAGUUACGGGGACAUUAGAAGUCAGGCUGAUGGGGUGCCAAGACCUUCUCGAAGACGUUCCCGGUAGACCUAGGAAAGAUGGUGACGGUAGCUCGAGUCCCAUGGAUUUGAGAUUCUUCAAGAAGGGAGUUACGGGUCGGAGCUCGUCGAAGAGUUACAGUAUUAAAGAUGAAGUUAGUGAUGAGAUAAUGGCAGUGCUCAAACUUGAUAAUACGACAGUUGCUCAAACCAAUUGGAAACUUUGCUCACAACAGGCCUGGGAUCAACGAUUUUCAAUCGAACUCGAUAAAUCUCGCGAACUGGAAAUUGGUAUUUAUUGGAGGGAUUGGAGAUCGCUGUGUGCCGUAAAAUUUUUGAAACUGGAAGAAUUUAUCGACGACGACAGACACGGAAUGGCCUUGCAUUUAGAACCCCAAGGUUUACUAUUCGCAGAAAUUAAAUUUCUGAACCCGAUGAUUUCAAAGCAGCCCAAGUUACAAAGACAAAAGAGGAUAUUCAAACAGGUGAUGCCUAGAGCCAAACAGAUGAACAUCAACAUCGUGACGUGGGGAAGAUGGAUGAAACAGUCAUCGCGCAUACCCAACCGUACAAACACAACUCUGCAACCGUCUGAAAUGCUGCCAGAAGAACCCGAAGACAAACCGGAAACGCCAGGAGAAACCCCGGAUCCGCAGGCUUUCGGUCUGGGCGGACAACGUCCGCUAGGUUUGGGCGUAACAGUCUUGCCAGAAACUCCACCUCCAGUUCCUACGGUUCCGCCGCCGGUCGCCAAGAAGAGGAUGUGCGUCACACCACCGCCUGUACCGCCGAGGCUCGAUCCCGAGAGUGCCGCUGCACUGAAGGAGUUUGAUUUCUUAGAGGAACAGGAGAUGUCUCGUACGGGACCUCUUCUGAUUCCUACUGCACCUUCUACACCUGUAGUGCUUCCUGAGCAAUUGGUUCCUCCUAGUCCUCAGCCAGUAAUUGAGUUUCCAGAUGACGAGCCUCCUCUCGAGGCCGUAAACGUGAUGCGCCGCCCCGUGGCUCGCGAGCUCGGCUACAGAGACAGCGCUUACGAGUCCCGCCGCCACUCCCAGUACACGGGAAUGAGCAUCGAUAAUUUCCGACUGAUCAGCGUCCUCGGAAGAGGCCAUUUUGGCAAGGUCAUCUUGUCCCAGUACCGAAACACCGGCGAGUACUUCGCCAUAAAGGCCUUAAAGAAAGGCGACAUCAUCGCCAGAGACGAAGUGGAAUCGCUCCUCUCCGAGAAACGCAUCUUCGAAGUGGCCAACUCGAUCCGCCAUCCGUUCCUGGUCAACCUAUUCGCGUGCUUCCAGACGGAGGCACACGUCUGUUUCGUGAUGGAGUACGCCGCCGGAGGCGAUCUGAUGAUGCACAUUCAUGCGGACGUCUUCAGCGAACCUCGGGCGGUGUUCUACGCAGCGUGUGUUGUGCUAGGGUUGCAGUAUUUGCACGAGAAUAAGAUCAUCUAUCGGGAUCUAAAACUGGAUAAUCUUCUGCUGGAUACGGAAGGUUACGUGAAAAUUGCCGAUUUCGGUCUGUGCAAAGAGGGAAUGGGAUUCGGGGAUAGGACGGGGACGUUUUGCGGGACGCCGGAGUUCUUAGCGCCCGAGGUGUUGACGGAAACUUCGUAUACGAGGGCGGUGGAUUGGUGGGGGUUGGGGGUUUUGAUAUUCGAGAUGCUCGUCGGAGAGUCUCCUUUUCCCGGUGACGAUGAAGAGGAAGUUUUCGACUCGAUUGUAAACGAUGAGGUGCGGUACCCACGGUUCCUAACGUUGGAGUCGAUAGCGAUCAUGAGAAGGUUGUUGCGUAAGAGCCCAGACCGACGAUUAGGUUCCAGCGAGCGAGAUGCCGAAGACGUGAAGAAACAAGCGUUCUUCAGGCAUAUCCAGUGGGACGAGUUGCUGCACAGAAGGAUACCGCCUCCGUUUGUUCCCACUGUCCAUUCGAUGGAAGACGUCAGCAAUUUCGACGAAGAAUUCACGUCAGAAAAGCCGCAUUUAACACCCCCGAAGGAGCCACGGCCCCUUACCGAACAAGAUCAAUAUCUCUUCAGAGAGUUCACGUACAUAGCUGACUGGUGCUGACAAUAGUCUCUAGAUAAUAAUUUAAUGAACAACAUGCUGCUUUAAUUUGAAUGAAUUACAUGAACAAAAUGUUGUAAAUACGAUCUCAGUAUUGAAAAAUCAUUUGAUGAUAUGGAGGUUUCAUAUGCAAUUUGUGUAACAUAUCAUUUAUCACGCCGUUAACAAUAUGUUCAUAAAGUUCGAAGUCGUCUGUCGUGUAACGAAUUGUUUUGAAGAUUUUUUUUUUUAUCGUGUAGCAUUUUGUAAUUUAGUUUAUUGGCAGUUAUUUUUCUGGAUUUUUUUUUCUGUAAAUAGUGAUUGCAGUACAUACUCUAAUGAUAAAUAUUACUCAGUGUUGCAUUUCUCCAAGUUAAAGUCAUGUUAUUGCUCUUCCAGUACGUAUCGAAGACUGUUGAAAUUUUAAGCAAAAUUUUUGGGAAGUGCCUGUUUUAAAAGAAUUGAUCACGCUCAUUGUAAAUAGUUACUAAUCCUAAUGUAAUGUAUUAUUUUUUGAUGCUUUAACUAUAUAUCUAUAUAAAUUAUGUAAGUUUUAAUACCUACAACAUGUGUAUGAGCUGACUUCAGUAAAUAAUAUUUUAUUAUUUAUAUUCUCUUACAUCACUAAAUAUUUACAAAGUUAUGAAUAAAAUCAUGUUUAUCUAUGGCA